AUGUCCGGUAACCAAGCAGACCUCGCGAUCUGCGAGGAGAUCACUAAGAAGUUAUUGCAACUCCCCGGUGCAAUACUUUUUGAUGAGCCACUCAACCAGAAUGAGGAACAAUACCCUAACUAUAGCAAACACAUCAAAAACCCGCAGGAUUUAAAGACCAUUUUGACGAGAUUGCAGAAAAAUGAGUAUCAGAAUGUCGCCCAGUGGGAAAAAGACAUAAAUUUAGUUUGGUCGAAUUGCGAAACUUAUAAUGGAAGAGAUAGCUAUGUAGCUUGUAUAGCCAGACACAUGCAGAAACACUUCGAAAAGCUGAAAAGAAAGUGUUUCAUUCGUAAAAUCAACGGUUGGAUCAAAAACGUUUAUAUUUGGAAAGAAAAAAUCGACAAAAUGCUUUAUUCACCACCGCCGGGUUCAAAACUCUCAUUCCUACCGGAAAUACCAUAUACUCCUAUCGAAUAUAAUAAAUUUACCACAAAAGAACUCGAUGCUUUAAUUGAUGCCAGUAGAACAAUUUUUGCAUCACGCUCAGAUUAUGACCUAAAGCAAGUGGCAAAAAUUAUAGCCCCAGAUAUCGCUAAUGAAUCGAAAGUUGAAGAUUUAGUCAUAAAUGUUGAAACUCUCUCGCCAAAGACACUUCAUGCGCUUAGAGAAUACUUCAAAAAGAAAAUACCAGACUAUCCUCAGUAA